UUUGCUUUUAUGUUGGUCGGGUCCGGGAGCCGAGCAGGGCAGAGCAGAACCCGAGUGGAAUAUGGGCAUCCGACGGCUGCAAUUUCUCCCCCCAACAGAAGCCCUAGAUCUUGACAAUGGCCUCUCCCUGGCCCCACGCCUCAAGCUCCUCCUCACCAUCUACCGCUCAGAUCCUUCCGUAAGGCCCAUCGACGAAUGGCAUCUCAAGCGCUCUCUCCUCGACUUCCUCAAAUCCUCACUUUCUAUCACCGUCCCCGAAGACGAUCUCCAUAUCGAACGGUCCAAAGACCUCAAGAAGCGUAAGCGCGAGGAUCCCGUCGCUUCUGGUACUCUCUACAUCCGUGACCUGAGCUUCCUCAAGAAGAGGGAGGGUGAUGACGUGGAAGAUGAUCAUAAACGGUUCGUCGAGUGGAGGAGGUCCGUCGUCGAUCGCAUGGAGGGGAUUGAGCUGAAUCUCGAAGGGGUGAAGUUCAGAUUGAAUGCCGGGAUUCCCGCCUCGGAUGAUUUCGAGCUGUUGAAGAAGUCAUGGGAGGAGUUUUACGCGUUGGGUAGCCGAGCUUCUCAUUCAAGGGGUGUGAGGCAACGAGCGGACACGCUUGUUUUGGAAGGUGUACCAUCCCGAUGGUUUGCGGAACCGCGGGUAUCGUCCAAACCUUCAAUGCUGGUCACACAUACCAUAUUUUCAGUAUUUGGAAAGAUAAGGAAUCUUAAUGUUGCUGGGGACGAUGACCUAGGUAAGACAGAUGAAGAGGGCAAAGGAGUGGGAAUUGUGUCUGGUCUUCAGUGCAAGAUCUGGGUUCAGUUCGAGAAUCAUGAUGAUUUCUGUAAUGCGGUGAAGGUGUUAUGUGGGCGUUCGAUGCAAAAGCAAGGAUCCCGCCUUAGAGUAGAUUAUGAGGUAAGCUGGGAUAAAGAUGGCUUUUUCCGGAACAUACAACAAAAGGCUGCUAGGAAUCAUGUACAAGAAAGGGUUAGCCAAAGUCAGGAACCAGCGAGGUACUCUAGAAAUGAAGCUCCAAGACUUCAAUCUCAGGUCACUCGCUAUAGUUCCGAUGGUGCACAUCCAAAGAGGUUCAGGGUCACUAGUUGGAUGCUUAAGAUAAUUUCUGUCUGAUUUUUCUACUGGGAGCAAUCCACACUGGGAUUCACUAAAGGAAUAGCUUGAAACAAGUCUACUUUGUGAAGAUACCUGACUUUAGGAAAUAUUAUUGUAUGAGUAGCGGAUAGCCUGAUGAAGCUCAAUUCUAUUAAUAAUUGGCCAAUAUAUAUUGUUUAUUUUUGGUUUAUCUAAUUAGUUGUUCCAGUGUGAUACAUUGAUAAUUACAAAAUAUGAAAUACAAUCUUUCUUGGUGAACA